AUGUUCAAAGCUUUUGUCAGGCAAAUGCUACAAAAUGCAAAAAAUGGCAUUUCCAUGUUACUAACUGAGAAGAACAGUAGCCUUGUUUUACAGACUGUGUUGAAAUUAUCAGCUGGUGAUGAUCAUGAGUUGAAUCACAUUAUAUCCGUUCUUCUUGGUUACGAUCAGGAUGACACUGCUCAGAAGGAAUAUAACAAUGAACAAAAGAAUAAAAUCGUCGCUUUACUUGAAGACACUGCUUAUAGUCAUUAUAGAUGUUGCUCCGAGGAACUGCGCAGCAAUAUGCUUAUAGGCACUCUUAAAGGUGCAUUAUUUGCAAUCUCAUCUCACCACUGUGGUAAUUAUGUCGUACAAGCUUUAAUCUCAUCAGCCAAAACUGCAGAUCAGAUGAAGCAAAUCUGGGAGGAACUUGGUCCUAAAAUCAAGGAAUUGUUUGAGCUAGGUAAAACGGGAGUGGUGGCUUCCAUUUUAGCCGCAUGCCAGCGGCUUGAAACAAAUCGCCUUGAGAGCUCUGAAGCUCUUUCUGCAGCAAUAACAUCAGAUUCCGAGUCUCCUGAUAGCAUUGUUGCACAUAUACUCUUUCUUGAGAAUUUCCUCCGGGAGAAAUCUUAUUGGAAAUGGCCACCUGGUGUCAAGAUGAGUGUUCUUGGUUGCGUGAUGCUGCAGUCAAUUUUUCAAUACCCACAUCAAUAUAUUCGGCAAUAUGUUGCAAGCUUGCUGGCUUUGGACGAUGAUCAGAUCCUCCAGAUUGCCAAGGACUCUGUGACAUAG